AGUCUAGUGAGAGGGGAGUUAGCAGCAAGGUGUCCCGCAGUUCGAGUGAACACGAGAAACGCCCUUGGAAAGAGGCUACGAACGCUAGGGAAGAGAAGUACGACAGAUUUUAUACUACACAGGACGCUACGACUAUCGAAAGUGGCACACUGGUACAAGGGGCUUUGCAUUGUUCCUCAAGAAGCUGCCUCACCGAGUGGCACGCGUCAAACCGGCUACGUCGGUGUGGCAUGGAGCGAUGCACGCGCUUGGACGAGCGGCGUCAAGUGGCCCUAUUGUUCGCCGAAUGCGGAAGAUGUCCCGGGAUCUACACGCGAGGCAUCGGGACGACCGUGCCGAGCUUCGAGUAAGCGUCGCGCACCGUCGAAGAUGUCGAAGAGCGUCGAAGGCGAAAUCGAAGUCGGCUUGACAACCCGUGUCGGUCUCGAACGCCACGUGGCCGGCGCCAAACGCUGGUCGGAAAGGGGUUAUAAGCAGGGUAGACUUAGCCUCAUUUUCCCCAUCCCAUCGUUCCUUCGUCGCUACCUCGUCGUCCUUCUUCGCACGCUUCCUGCUCCUACGAUGUCUUCUCGCUCUGCCACCCCUGUGUCGACGCCUUCGCUCGUCAACCGCCGUCUCUCCUCUCUGCUCGUGGUCCUCGAGGCUCCGCCGACCGCCGACACCGCGUUCGAUGUAGUCGAAGAGUGGGCGCAAGACUUGUCGCCGCUCGUGCUCGCCUAUCGCAAGGCCUUGGGCGCCAUCCGCGACGAGGAGACGGAGCUGCGCGUUGCCGCCGCCGUCAAACAGCUCGCCGAGCGGGCAUCGGAAUCGUGGGUCGAGUGGGCGCACGGGGACUGGCCCGAGCUCGCGACCGCCAUCGAUGCCGAGGUCGAACAACGCGUCGAAGAGCAGAAGCGCCUUGCCGAAGAGGAAGCACGACGCAUCGAAGAGGCCGCGAAGCGUGCGAAGGCCGCUGAGGACCGUCGCCUUGAAGACGAACGGCGUCGAAAGGACGAAGAGGACCAUCGGAAGCAGGCUGCUGAAGACGAGCGUCGCGCACAAGAGGCUGCUGACGAGGAGUUGGCGAGGAUCGCGGCCGCCGAGGGACUUCUCGACAAGGGGAAAGGGCGUGCGAGGGUCGACGACGAGGUCACCGAGUUGUCGGAUGACCCCUCGGUCAAGACUCCGCGAACGCUCGAACAUCUGUUCGCGAUGACGGAGGUCGACAUGGCCGCCGUUGCGCUUGGGAAGCGUCAGGCCGGACAGAAGUGUGAUCGUUGCGCCGGCUACCGCUCGGCCCCGGUCGAGUGCGUGUGGGUCGAGAACGCCACGACCUGCGAGAGGUGCGCACAGUUCCAACAGGGCUGCUACUUCGACAAGGUGUCUGUGCUUGGCAAGACAAAGAAAACGCGCGGCGGGGGAUCAACCACAAAAAAGCGCAUUCGGCCGACCUCUCCCGUGCCUUCGGUCGCGGACUUGAGUGGUUCGAAGAAGCGUCGAGUCGACGAGCCUCCGCGCCCCCUGCUACGACUGCCUCUCGAUGGGGCCGGCCGCCUUGGCCUGGAACAGGACGACCUCGAUGCGCUCGACCUCGACGACGAGUCUCGGGGGAUCAUUCGCGUCAUCUGCGAGGAGCGCGCUCUCAUCGCUCGCCGUCGAGCGCUCCUCCACGACAUGGACCUCGACCUCCAAAAGAUGGAGAAGGCCGCGCUUGCGAAGGGAGGAAUCGGGUUCGUGCGCGGGGCUGUCGACGAUGAGUAG